AUGUCCCACAUGAAGAGCCUUAUUACUCUCAUCUUCUUUGCGUCUCUAAUCCAAUUUUCAGUCUUAAAUUUGUCCACUGCAGCUGAUACCAUAUCUGCAUUAGAGUCCAUCAUGGGCUCAGACACCUUGGUUUCUUCCGGCCAAACCUUUGAAUUAGGACUCUUUUCCACCGGCAAUUCGAAAAACUGGCAUCUAGGAUUAUGGUACAAAAACUUUCCAAAUACUGUUGUAUGGGUUGCAAACAGAGAGAACCCACUUGCAGGAUCAAAUGGAGCCUUGACAUUAACCAAAAAUGGAAGUUUGGUCCUUCUAGACCAAAUGAAUAACACCAUUUGGUCUACCAUUUCUUCCCAAAUAGUAGAAAAUCCUGUUGCACAGCUUUUGGAGACUGGAAACCUUGUUGUCAGAGACAAGGCUGAUACAGGUUCAGAAAACUAUAUAUGGCAAAGCUUCAAUUUCCCAUCAGAUACACUAUUACCAGACAUGAAGGUUGGAUGGGACUUCAGAACAGGCCUCAACAGAUUCUUGACUUCUUGGAAAAAUGCUAGUGACCCAUCUCUUGGAGAAUAUACCUAUGCGAUUGAUAAUCUGAUGUUGCCUCAGCUUGUUGUUGCCGAAGGAUCGAAGAAAUUGUUCCGUACCGGGCCUUGGAAUGGUAUUCGAUUUACUGGUACUCCUGAUGCUGGGAACAAACGAGUUGUGAAACCAAUCUAUGUGUAUGAUACAAAUGAGUUAUAUUAUAUGUAUGAGGCUACUGAUAGUUCUCUUCUAACAAGAGUGAAGCUGUCUGAAACUGGUUUGUCCCAGCGGCUGGUGCUGAAGAAAGGAGCCACUGAAUGGGAUGUUAUGUAUACUUUGCAGAAUGACAGGUGUGACUAUUACAGGGAGUGUGGAGCAAAUGGAAUUUGCAAAACUUCCAAUUCUCCAAGUUGUGAGUGCCUGCAGGGGUUUGUUCCGAAAUCGCAGAACGAAUGGGAUGUGCUUAACUGGGAAAGUGGGUGCAUUAGGCAGACACCACUGGAUUGCCAGAAGGGAGCAGGGUUUUUGAAAGUUCGAAAAGUGAAAUUGCCAGACCUGUUGGAGUUUUGGGUGAACAUCAAAAUGAGUGUGGAGGAAUGUGAGGCAGAGUGCUUGAGGAAUUGUUCUUGUGUAGCUUAUGCUAAUACAGAUAUCCGUAAUGGGGGAAGUGGCUGUCUGAUGUGGUUUGGCGACCUAAUUGAUAUGCGAGAGUUCGUUGAAGAAGAUAGUGAGCAAGAUAUACACAUUAAGAUGCCACUUUCGGAACUUGGUGGUACCGGCAAGAAGGAUAAAAGGAUUAUACUUAUCCUGGUCAUAUCAGCAGUUUCUGUGCUUCCACUUCUAGCUUUGUUAUGCUGGUAUAUACUUCUGAAGAAGAGAGUAAGGAAUGUAUCCACAUCCGCAGGCUCAAGAUCAAUUAAGGAGGACUGGGAGUUGCCACUGUUUGAUUUUGAUACAAUUGCAACCGCCACCAAUAACUUCUCCCACACAAACAAACUAGGAGAGGGAGGUUUCGGUCAAGUUUACAAGGCCAACCUAACCCGAGAAGAAUUCAUAGCUGUAAAGAGACUCUCAAAAGAUUCUGGGCAAGGUAUUGAAGAGUUUAAGAAUGAAGUUACAAUGAUAGCCAACCUCCAACACUGGAAUCUUGUUAAACUUUUGGGCUGCUGCAUUGAAGGAGAAGAAAGGAUGCUUAUCUAUGAGUACAUGCCCAACAAAAGCUUGGACUGCUUUAUUUUCGAUCAAAAUAGAAAGGUGUUGCUGAAUUGGCAAAAGCGAUUGAACAUUAUCAUGGGAAUUGCUCGAGGACUUCUCUACCUCCACCAAGACUCCAGAUUAAGAAUCAUUCAUAGAGACCUUAAGAGUAGCAACAUCUUACUUGAUGAUGAGCUGAACCCCAAAAUAUCUGACUUUGGCAUAGCAAGGAUUUUUGGACGCAAUCAAACCGAAGCAAAAACAAAACGAGUAAUUGGGACGUAUGGAUAUAUGUCUCCCGAGUAUGCAAUUGAUGGGAAGUUUUCGGUGAAAUCCGAUGUGUUCAGUUUUGGAGUGCUUCUGUUAGAGAUAGUAAGUGGCAGAAAGAACAGAGGGUUUCAUCAUCCAAAUCACCAUCACAGUCUUCUGGGACAUGCAUGGUUACUGUGGAAUGAAAAUAAGGGUUUGGAGCUAAUAGAUCCUUGCUUGGGGUACUCAUAUAUUGAGUUUGAGGUGCUGAGGUGCAUUCAGGUAGGUCUAUUGUGUGUUCAAGCGCUUCCAAAAGACAGACCAGUAAUGUCAUCAGUGGUUGUCAUGUUAAGCAAUGAAGGAGUAACAUUACCCCAACCAAAGGAGCCAGGAUUCUUUACAGAACGAAGUUCCAUGGACGAUACCAUAAUUGACGAAGGUAGAAGUAGCCAGACAGGAAGCAGUAUUACCAUUUCAACAGUGGAAGCUAGACAGAAAGGCAUAACCUCAAUGGGAGGUUUAUUCAGAAAAGUAAAAUGUAAAUCUAGACUAACUACUGUUUACAGAGUAAUGCAGAAGCAUCAUAAACAUGAAGUAUUGCAUUCUGUGGUUCCUUUCCUUCCAAGAAGCAUUGCUGAAUUUUAG